AUGCUUCUCAUUGAAAGGAAAGUGAAAGGAAUCAGUUCUGACAGGAGACCGAGUAUCACGGCCGUGACUACACUCCCAGCGAAGAAUACAAAGAUGUAUUCCACGGAAGCGGAUGAGGAAGCAACGAUCACAAGGCAAUUUAUAGGGAUUUUCGCGAGCAAAAUGUGUAUUAUUUGUUUGUGUAGGUUUUUCGAUUACGUUCUUGAAGUGAAGCCAAAUAGUAUUGUAAUUUACAACAACAUCUUCUUUGAGUGGCCUUUUGUUGAGGCAAGAGCUCGCAUUUUUGGAAUAGGCAUAGAAGAUGAGAUUGGUUUUGCAAGAGACUCUGCUGAUGAUUACAAAAGCAGAAACUGCAUACGCAUUGAUGCCUUCAGAUGGGUAAAGCGAGACUCAUAUCUUCCAGUCGGCAGUCAGUAUCUGAAAUCUGUUGCAAAAGCUAAUUUGCACUGUGACCCUGUUGAAGUGAUCCAGAAGAUGUCUGAAAUGGCUACAAAAGAACCCCAGAGUCUCGCAAGUUAUUCGAUUUCUGGUAUUGUUGCGACUUACUAUCUUUACAUGAAGUAUGUCCACCCAUUCGUUUUGUGUUGUGUACAAUCAUUCCGCUUGGACCAGAUGAUAUAUCGGCAGGGAACAGGCGGAGGUCUGGACCUUCCACUCGAGCAGGCUAUUGCAAACGCGUCAGCGUCAUUCACUGAAGCUGACAUGCUCAUAGCCCAGUCUCUAGGCAAGGAGGCAGUAAUGUCAGGAGUAGGAAGAAUGGAGUCGUUUGUUGAUAAGGGUGCCGACAGCGAUUCAGGUUCGACACUGAGGGGAAAUAGACGGAGGAGGAGGGCUGGUGGGCGGGCAAACUUCCACGAUUUUGAGGAAGACGGUGGACGGGAGAGAAGGGAAACACCAGUACGUAAUGAAUGCACAUCGCUCCAGAAGGAAGGGGCGCGGUUCGGAGGGGAUUCCGAUUCCUCGGAAUCCACACUGGGAGGGAAUAGACGGAGGAGGAGGGCUGGCGGGCGGGCAAACUUGGAUGAUGUGGAGCAGGACGAGGUGAUGCUGGUUCGCUGUGAUCCAUAUCGCUUCUAUGUGCACUACAUUGAUUGCAACAGAAGACUCGAUGAAUGGGUUGGCCCUGAAAAUCAUCUUGACUCCUUGCGUAUGCCACAGAAGGGAAAGGAAGGAUUAAUUGUGCAAGCAGUGGAAAGCACAUCGGCAUCAGCAUCACCAGAACGUGAAAUGAGCAAGGAAAGCGCGGCAAUGCGAAAAACAAAGGCAGCCGCUAUGGAUGAGGAUAGUCAGGACGGGAUGGCACAGAUUGGAGGUUCGUCAUUGAAUGCUUUUGAUCUUUUGUUUUGGUCUUGUAUUGAUUUGCCGAAUGUGUGCGUACUUACUGAUACUUACUAUUACAAUACGCAUGUUGUGGAAGGCUUCUCUGAAGAGGGUGACAUUAGCAGAAAUGUUUUGAGCUUUUGA